ACCGACCGGGUCAGUCAACACUGGCACCAUACGGCUCUUGAUUGAGUUGAAAAUCCUUUCAGAAAUUCCAAGCGUAAAGAAAGGAUUAGAAACUCUGCACCUCCAAAGUUGUUACUAGCUCCCAUAUUUAUUUGUGACGCAUACAAACUGGCGAAAAAACAUAUCAUACUGCAACUCAAAACCAUGACAUUUCUUUAUAUGCUCCUGCUGCUGUCCGCAUUGCCACUGAUCAAACCGACAUCAAUAUCUCCAAGAAAACAAGCAGAGUCGCUCGUCAAAUGGAAGGGCGGCUUUUCUUCUUUAUCAUCAUCAGCGCCACCUUCACUACUCAAUUCAUGGUCCCUCACCAACCUCAACAGCCUCUGCAACUGGACUGCCAUUUCCUGCUCCAAAACCAAAACAGUCUCCAAAAUAGACCUCUCCUAUAUGCAAAUUGACGGAACGCUGUCCCUUUUCGACUUUUCCUCAUUUCCAAAUCUCACCCACUUCAAUCUAAGUGGCAACUAUUUCGAUGGGCCUAUACCAUCUGAGAUUGACCAGGUAACAGAGCUUCAAUAUCUAAAUCUCCGCGACAACAGUCUCUCCGGUACCAUCCCUUACCAACUGAGCAAUCUCAAAAAGGCUGUAGAUGACUUUCAUGAGAAGUACUGCAUUGGGGCAGGAGGGUUUGGAAGGGUUUACAAGGCAGAGUUGCAAUCAGGCCAAGUUGUUGCAGUUAAAAGGCUUAACAUGUCAGACUCUAAUGAUAUUCCAGCAAUCAAUCUCCAUAGCUUUCAGAAUGAAAUCCGAACUUUGACAAGCAUCCGGCACCGGAACAUCAUAAGGCUCUAUGGCUUCUGUUCAAGGAGGGGUUGCAUAUUCUUGCUUUAUGAAUACUUAGAGAGAGGAAGCCUGGGAAAAGCUUUGUAUGGAGUUGAAGGUGUUAAUGAACUCGUUUGGGCUACUAGAGUCAAAAUUGUGCAAGGACUUGCUCAUGCACUUUCUUACUUGCACCAUGAUUGCUCUCCACCAAUUGUGCACCGUGACAUAACCGUCAACAAUGUAUUGCUUGAGUCUGAUUUCGAGGUUCGUCUCUCAGAUUUUGGAAUAGCCAGGUUAUUGAGUACAGAUUCAUCCAACUGGACAGAUAUUGCUGGUUCAUUUGGCUACAUAGCACCAGGUAAUGUAAACUUAAUUUGUACAUUUAUGGUUCAUCUUUUUGCUUAUUGGGAUAUGUUUUAAGGUAGCCAGUUUUGUUUUUAUUGAUGUGCAGAGCUUGCAUACACUAUGCGAGUAACAGAUAAAUGUGAUGUAUAUAGCUUUGGAGUGGUGGCGCUCGAAGUCAUGAUGGGAAGGCACCCAGGAGAUAUGCUAGAGUCCCAGCUACAAGAAUCAUCAAAAUCAAGGAGGGACAAUGUAGAAUUGCUCUUGAAAGAUUUGUUAGACCAAAGGUUGGAACCGCCAACCAAUGAAUCUGCAAAGGCAGUGGUGCUUGUAGUGACAAUGGCCUUGGCCUGUGUACAAACGCGUCCAGCGUCCAGACCUACAAUGUUAUUGACGGCACAAAAACUGUCAGUUCAAACCCUGCCUUGCCUUCCCGAACCAUUUGGUAUGUUGACAAUCAACAAGCUAAUGGCACUAUAAAUAAUAAAACAAAAAAAAAAAAAAAAGAAGAAAAGGGCGAAUAGCUCAAACUUCCCUUUUGUAUUCCUGCCACUCGCAAUUCCAUCUAAUUUCUCAUGUAAUACAUCUUCAAUACUGUAAUUACUCAUCUGUAUGAUUUGUCGAAUGUGGAUUAAUGUGUGAUGAAUUUUCUUAA